GCGCUGGGUCCCGGGGCGCGCGGGCUCGUCGUCUGUUGACUAGUUACCUGGUCCCAUGGGAGCAGUGGGGUCGUCACCAAAGAGAUAAUGUCCCUGCCUCACGACUAGCUAUCUCUGACCUUGGGCCAGUGACUUCACCUUUGGAGAAAGAGAGAGCGCGAAAGAGAGAGGAUGUCUCUCUCAGAUUGGCACCUAGCGGUGAAGCUGGCUGACCAGCCACUUGCCCCAAAGUCUAUUCUUCGGUUGCCAGAGACAGAGCUGGGAGAGUACUCACUGGGGAGCUACAGUAUUUCAUUUCUGAAGCAGCUCAUUGCUGGCAAACUCCAGGAGUCUGUUCCAGACCCUGAGCUGAUUGAUCUGAUCUACUGUGGCCGGAAGCUAAAAGAUGACCAGACCCUUGACUUCUACGGCAUUCAACCUGGGUCCACAGUGCAUGUUCUGCGCAAGUCCUGGCCUGAGCCUGAUCAGAAACCAGAACCUGUGGACAAAGUGGCUGCCCUGAGGGAGUUCCGGGUGCUGCAUACUGCCCUGCACAGCAGCUCCUCCUACAGGGAGGCGGUCUUUAAGAUGCUCAGCAACAAGGAAUCUUUGGAUCAGAUCAUUGUGGCCACCCCAGGCCUCAGCAGCGAUCCCAUUGCUCUUGGGGUUCUCCAGGAUAAGGACCUUUUCUCUGUCUUCGCUGAUCCCAACAUGCUUGAUACGUUGGUGCCUACUCACCCAGCCCUGGUCAAUGCCAUCGUCCUGGUUCUGCACUCAGUGGCAGGCAGCACCCCGCUGCCAGGGGCUGACUCCUCUUCCCGGAGCAUGCCCUCCAGCUCAUACCGGGAUAUGCCAGGUGGCUUCCUCUUUGAAGGGCUCUCUGAUGAUGAGGACGACUUUCACCCUAGUGCCAGGUCCACGCCCUCUAGCAGCACACCCAGCUCCCGCCCAGCCUCCCUGGGCUACAGUGGAGCUGCUGGACCCCGGCCCAUCACCCAGAGUGAGCUGGCCACCGCCUUGGCCCUGGCCAGCACUCCGGAGAGCAGCUCUCACACGCCAACCCCUGGCACCCAGGGCCAUUCCUCAGGGACCUCGCCCAUGUCGUCUGGUGUCCAGUCAGGGACGCCCAUCACCAAUGAUCUCUUCAGCCAAGCCCUGCAGCAUGCCCUGCAGGCCUCUGGGCAGCCCAGCCUUCAGAGCCAGUGGCAGCCCCAGCUGCAGCAGCUGCGUGACAUGGGCAUCCAGGACGAUGAGCUGAGCCUUCGGGCCCUGCAGGCCACUGGCGGAGACAUCCAAGCAGCCCUGGAGCUCAUCUUUGCUGGAGGAGCCCCGUGAAUUCCCUGCUCCUCCUGAGCCCCUACAAACUGCCAAGGCAGCUGCCCACGGGAAGCACUCCUGAAGGUGCCCCAGCUCUCCUCUCCCCAAUACACCUGAUGGUCAACCUUC